AUGUUCAUUCUUGCCAGAGAUAUUUCGCCAAUGAAUACUAGGAGUGCUCUACAUCUUCAUGUAGUUAGGGCGUACGACAUUCCUGAAAGAAAAGCAUCAUCAAUUCUCAAAUCUAAAGAGUUGGUAUUUCAUGACCAAGAAGGCAGCUUCCUUCACGCACACAUACCAAAAGAAUAUGUUGACAAGUUUAAAGAUGUUUUUACGGAAGGAUUAGUCUAUGGUGUAAAGAACUUUUUAGUGAUCACAAACUUUUACACCUUUAAAACAAGUCCACACCGAUACAUGUUGAAGUUUAACUACCAAACCGUGGUGAAAGAGUUCAAGAAUCCCAAAUUUCCUAUGCACCUCUAUCGCCUUAAAGGUUUUGAAGAACUCAAAACAAAGCAAACUGUUGACGAGAAGGAAAUAUUUGAUGUUAUAGGUAGAGUUGUCGAACUCCAUGCUCCACAGGAUAAAGUAAUUAAUGGAAAAAACUCUAGGCUCAUUGAUUUCAUCAUUGAGGAUGCCGAUCUAAACAUUGACCAGACUCCUAUGAAGAGCAUUCUGUCCCAAUCCAGUUUUAAUCCUACCACUUCUUAUUCAAUUUCACAUGAACCUGAGAUACAACUUUGUACCAUUUCCCAAAUUUAUCAACUAAAGGAGGUAGCAGCAAGAGUGGUUUUCAUAGACAGUGGCAAAGAGUGGUUCUAUGCUUCAUGCAGAACAAAGGGAUGUAACAGAAAGUUAUCUGAGAAAGAGGGUACAAUAGUUAAAAUUAGGGUGGCAGACUUGAAUGGAAAUGCACCUUUCUUGCUUUGGGACCGUGAAUGUUGUGAACUUUUAGGAAUGAGUGCUUAUGAUUUGGAUGCAAAGCAGAACAAGGAUAAGAAUGGGGUGCCUAAAGAGUUGCAGUCCUUGGAUUUUGAUGAUGUCAAUGAGGCAGAAAGUCCUUUGCAAGAGGUCCCAAAUAGACAUGAUAAGGAUUUGGCAAACAACACAACAGUUAAGAGAGCUCUCAUUGAUGAGUUUUCAAGUACUCAAAGCUCAAAAAAGACAAAGGAGCAUGCUGUUAAACUUGAGAAGCUGAAAGAAUUAUGA